AUGGGAAGGCUAAGGCUGGAACACACCAGCCCCUGCUACCGGGUGCGGGGCUCUCCGUGUCCCGCUGGAGCUCCGACUGCAGGUCGAGGUCGGCAGCGAAGCUUUCUGGCGAUAACAGCGACGUUGCUCCGCUGGCCGAUCCCCACUGGUGACGAAGCUAUUCUACGAAAUGAUGAAGAGAUGAGGAUUGUGAUGGUGGGGAAGACUGGAAUUGGGAAGAGUGCCACAGGAAACACCAUUCUUGGGCAUAACUGCUUUGAAUCAAAGUUCAGCGCCAAGUCUAUGACUGAUGAGUGCUCUAAGGCCUAUGCUGAAGUGGAUGGACAAAAGGUUGCUGUUAUUGACACCCCAGGUCUCUUUGACACCAGGUGGGCCCAGGAUAAAACACAUAAAGACAUAAUCCAGUGCAUCUCCUAUUCUUCUCCUGGACCCCAUGUCUUCCUGGUUGUCGUCAGGCUGGGCAGAUUCACAGAAGAGGAAAAGCAGUCAGUGCAAAAGAUCCAAGAAAUAUUUGGCCAGGAUGCAGACAAAUACAGCAUGGUCCUCUUUACUCAUGGUGACCUUCUUAAAAACACCACUACUGAGGAGUUCAUGAAGGAGAGCCCAGACCUGCAGCAACUUGUGGCCAGGUGCAAUGGUCAGUACCAUGUCUUUAAUAAUGAUCUGGAGAAUCGCUCGCAGGUCACCGAGCUGCUUAAGAAGAUCAGAACCAUAGUCCAGAAGAACGGAGGAAGCCACUACACCAAUGAGAUGUACCAAAAGGCAGAAAGGGUAAUCAAAGAGGAGAAACAACGCAUACUGAAAGAGAAAGAGGAGCAAAUAUGCAAAGAGAGAAAAGAACUGGAGAAGAAACUACCAGCUGAAUAUGAAGAAAAGCUUCGAAAUGUAAUGGAGAAAUUCCUGGCUGAAAAAAUUAUUUGA